GCGUACAACGAUACAUCCGAAUCCUCCCGCACCGACUUAUGGUGCGGGAAAACAUAACACUGAGCCGCUAGUCAACUUGAAGUCUUGAACCGCAUAAGUACAGAGAAUCAAUGAGGAUGCACGAUGCAUGGCAUUGUUUUAGGCGAUGUACAGGGAAGAGUAAUAAUACCAUAUCUCGGGCACGCUCGCGGCGAUGACGGAAAGACUAAAGUUGAACGCGUCGCGCGACGCGAAGUCUCCGGCUAAGUUGCACGUGUGAAGCCGAAGAGGACUUCGUACCCGACCACCACCUCACUCUGCGUGGGCACCAGCCUGCAUCCCUAGCCUACACAAAAUGGCCGACCCAUACGUCGACAGGAGGGAGGCGGCAAAGUCGUACAGGCCGGUCAACAAUCUCAUGUCCCCUGGCCUCCAACGUGCCCGCGAGCCGUUCCGCCUGCGCAACGCCAUCGUGGGCACUGCGCUCCUUGCCUUCGCCGUCGGCGUGUGGGCGUACUCGAUCAGCGCGGUCAGGCAGGACGUGUUCGACGACGUAGACGAGGAAGCGCGAACACUCGCAAGGGCGCGGGAGAAGAGUCUGGAGGAGCAGGAGGCGGAACGAAGGCUGGCGGAUGCUGUAACGAGCGGCAUAAAUGCUGCGACCGCGAAAACCUCUGCGACGCCAGUCACGAAUCCGAUCAUGAACGCGGUGUCUGUGGCGGCGGCAAGGAGGGGGAUAUUGCCACCAAUAGCGGAACGGUACUUCCCUCGCCUCUUGGACCCAUCUACGAAAACACUAGUGUGGGGAGCACCAUCCGUGGACAGUGUUGGCAAAUUGUCGGAUCGUUCACGCCGCUGAAGUCUUCAGCCGUAGACCAUCUCACUAUAUGACAUUGGAGUAUGAUUGGUGAUUCCCCACUCUUCCACGGCAUGCUGCACAGUGUAUCCAUAGCAUUGACAUAAUAUUCCAAGUGAAGUGGACAGUAAAACGCAAGAUUCAGCAGAUUCGCGUAGCAGUUUCAGUGGAGCACAGCGAGUAACAGCGAUGACAACUUGUACAGCAGGAUGCACAACAAGGUGCGGACACAGACGAGACGGAACAGCG